UCCUCAGUAUAUAGAAUUCUGUGACUACCCCCAGAACUGUGGGGUCCGACGUCCACUCCGCUCCCACAAAGCCUCAAGGGCAGACGUCAGACCUCACAGUUCUGGGGGUACCUGGCGACUAGGCCUGUAAUAAUAUAGCAUGUAUGCUCACAGACGUGAUAGACGUUCAUCAUGGAUGUUGUCAUUCCAACUAGGGUAUCGUCUUAGGCCUACCUUUAUUGCUAAAAAAAUUACUGAGGCAGCCUGGACCUUGUUGCGACAUGCACGACAUGUCCGAACUCAUAAUCACGAAGUCAAAAAUUUUAAAAGUAAGCACACAACACUAGCUUUUCUGAGGCUAGACGAAAUGGCCUCAGCUAAUCUGUCCGAUGUAAUCACCUUGAUUGAGGAGGGAAAAGCUGUCCAGGCAACACAGGAGAUCGGCCUGUGUUUCCAAGAUGGUUCCAGCACCACAAAGCUCACACAGUUUGGCGAGGCCAUUCAAGAGAUGAAGCAGACAGAGGAACGGCAGAAAGAGACUUUGAAAGACAUCAUCCAAGGAUACCUGGACAUGAAGGAUGAGAGAGCAGCCUGUGUGUCACGUGACCAGUCCCAUGAUGCAGUUACUCCCGAGAUAGGCGAGGCCCAAAGAGACAAAGCCAAGAGCUGGGAGAAACUUGCCACAUUCCAACAGGAGGUCCAAGCUGUUCAGAGGGAGUUGGAUCACUUGGCAGAUCUACAGGUUAAACUGGAGAGUCACCGGGAGACAGUGAAGGAGCAGACAACCGACGUCCUCCCCAAGACCAGAUACAAUGUAAGUCUCUACAAAGCUGCAACCAAGCUAACGUGGGAUUUCAACAGUCAACCCGAGGAGGUUAAAGGCUACAUUUCAACUUCCAAGGAUGUCAGACCAUUUUCUCUGGACAGCCGGCAGAACUCCAAAUUCUUCAUAACCAACUACCUCUGGGACCUUAUUGAAUCAACGGCAUAAAAAAUCAAACAAAAAACAGCCCCCCAAGAUAGUCAUUCUUAAAGUUAAGGUGGCAUGAAUGUACAUGUUGCAACUAGAUCUUAAAAAGGUUGCUUUUAAAGUGUAGCUGCAAUGAAUUUUUCUUAGACGCAAUUUUUUCUUGAACUUUGUAUUCUUCAAUGUAUGAAAACUAUAACAUCCCUGUGGUUAAAUGCACUGAAAGUGCAUGCUGUUGCUAGGAAGACAUCUUGGGAAGACAUGGUUCAGGGCGUAGGCAUUUCUGUUCUAAUGGCGACACCCAGACUUUACUUACUGGAAGCUUUUCUGAGAGAGGGAUUGAUGCUUUCUUACUGCUAUGCACAUAACUAAUAAUCAGCAAAAAAGAGAAAACUGUCUGUGCACAAACCAAUAUAACAUUGAAACCUUUUGCCUGGGAUGACAUCACAGUUUUGUUUAUGAAUAUGGAAAUUACUCAUAAGCAUAAAAACCAAAGAGGUGGUAAAAUACCCUUUGAAUUAGUGAAACAAAAGUUGAAAAUAAGGUGAACUGUACAAAGGUCCAUUUGAAGGUCUGUAAUAAAACAAAGUGAUUGCAGCUA